AUGCUGCUGUAUAAUUCUGAAUGGGUCGGAGAUCAGCUAAACAACAGCAGUGACGAUGGGGCCGGCAACGUGGAACAAAUCCUUGUCCCUGUAUUUGACAUUCUCAUCCUGAUAUUGGGCGUAGGAGGCCACACCAUAGUGAUUGUGAUCCUAAGUAAGAGGAGCAGAAUGCGGAUGUCUCGGACAGGAACAGGUACAGACAUUCUGCUGCUGGCUCUGAGCUUUGCAGAUCUUCUUCUACUCGCCAUGCUUCCCUUCCACACAAUCGCCAUCGCCAUGCAGCGAUGGCCUUUCGGGGACUUCCUAUGUCGUCUAGCGGGCUUUUUGGGAUCGGCCUGCGCAUCAGCCAGCGCCUUCACGUUGUCCACCCUCGCGGUGUCGCGCUACGUGACAGUAGUGCACCCAGCAAAAGCUUACCGCUUCCUCUCUCCACGCCACGUAGUCAUCACAGCCGCGCUUCUUUGGAUCCCGGCCUGCUGCCUGGCGACACCCCAGUUAGUGUUUCGUUUUGUGGGACCCCAACCCAACAACCCCGACGGCCUUGCUUGCUUCGCAUUCCUGUACCACAGAGAUCAGCUCAUAUAUGGAUUAGUCCACUUUUUGGUGGCUUUUUUGCUUCCCCUGGUCACCAUCGCCAUCGCAUAUGGCAACAUCUACUUGUUCCUGUGGAAGACUCGGAAUUCUGUUCAGGCUCCACAGGUUGAACGUUACCAGAGCAAGGUAACCCAGACAUCAGCAUUGCUGGUGGUGGCCUUUACUCUGUGCUGGCUACCGUCCUAUGGUCUAACACUGGCCUUGCUAUCUGACAAAAGCUCAGGAGCCACUGGCAGCUCACCACGUUAUGGACCGUUCAGCGUGUUUGCACGACUAAUGGCUAUUGCUUCAACGGUGUUAAACCCCAUUCUUUAUGUGCUCAUCUCUCAAAGGUUUAGACAAGAUUUGCUGAGGUUGUUUAAGAGAGAAGGGCAGAGAGCCGGUGGGGGAUGA